GGAAGGCGGAGGGGGGGCGCUGGGACCGAUCCCGGGCUGCGGGCGCUGUGGGGGCUCCGUAGGGAGACCCGAGGAUCCAGGGCGCGGGGAUCGGGACCCCCGAGGGAGGACCCCGGAGGCGCAGGGAUCCAGGAGCCGCAGAGGAAGGAUCAGGCCAGAGGUGAGCGAGAAACUGUAGGCGCAGGAGCUGCGCGAGGCCGGGGCCCCGGAGGGCGCGCGCUAGGGAAGGUCCCGGGAAUCAGGUGCCCCCGGCCCGGGCAUGCGGCGCGGCGGGGCCGGGAGCAGCCGGAGGAGGAGCCGCCGCCGCCGCUGACCCGGCCGGGAGGAGGGAGAGAUGCGGGGCCGGGCCGCCCGCGCCCCACUCCCGCUGCCGCCGCCGCAGCUGCCGCCGCUGCUCCUGCUGCUGCUGCUCCAGCUGGGCCCGGGGAGCUUCGUCCUGGCCCCCUCGCCCUGCCGUGCCCUGGAAGCCCUGGAGCCGAGCUCUCCGGCCCCCUGCGCUCCCCAGCGCUGGUUCUGCCCGGCCGGGACCGAGGGCCACUGGCUGCACACCAGCCGCUGCCGCGCCGGGGGGCCCGAGCUGACCGGCCGCCUGGUGCCCCUGGAUAGGUUCAGAAGCGGGAGGGCCUGGUGCCCGGAGCCUGGGGCCCAUAUUCCCCUGCCACCGGCCCCCGGAGGCUGCCCCUGGAGCUGCCGCCUGCUGGGCGCCCGAGGCCACAUCUCCCCACAGGGCAAGCUCACCCUGCCGCCAGGGCAUCGGUGCGUCCAGGUACCUCGGCUGCAGUGCCAACUCUGCAGGCUGGCAUGGACCCAGGGGCACUGGGUCGAGAAGUGGCUGGCUGGGGAUCUCCCAGGAAGUCGCAGGAAACGCAAUGUGAACACAGCCCCCCAAUUCCAGUCACCUGUCUAUCAGGCCACGGUGCCCGAGAACCAGCCAGUGGGCACGCCGGUGGCUUCCCUGAGGGCUGUGGACCCCGACGAGGGUGAGGCGGGCCGGCUGGAGUAUACCAUGGAUGCCCUCUUUGACAGCAGAUCCAACCAGUUCUUCUCCUUGGACCCGGUCACCGGAGCCGUGACUACUGCCGAGGAGCUGGACCGGGAAACCAAGAGUACCCAUGUCUUUAGGGUGACUGCCCAGGACCAUGGGACCCCUCGGCGAAGUGCCCUGGCCACCCUGACCAUCACGGUGACUGACACCAAUGACCAUAACCCUGUUUUUGAACAGUCUGAGUACAAGGAGAGUUUGAGGGAGAACCUGGAAGUGGGCUAUGAGGUCCUGACGGUUCGAGCCACAGACGGUGACGCCCCUCCCAACGCCAACAUCCUCUAUCGACUGGUGGAGGGUCCCGGCGGACCUCCCCCUGAGGUCUUUGAGAUCGAUCCCCGUUCUGGUGUGAUUCGCACCCGGGGCCCUGUGGAUCGAGAGGCUGUAGAGUCGUACCAGCUGACUGUGGAGGCGAGUGACCAGGGCCGAGAUCCCGGUCCCCGGAGCGCCACGGCCACCGUGUGUCUGUCUGUGGAGGAUGACAAUGACAACGCUCCCCAGUUCAGUGAGAAGCGCUACGUGGUCCAGGUGAGGGAGGACGUGACUCCCGGUGCCCCCGUGCUCCGGGUCACGGCCACGGACCGCGACAAAGGCAGCAACGCCCUGGUCCACUACAGCAUCAUGAGUGGCAAUGCCCGCGGCCAGUUUUACUUGGACGCUCAGACAGGGGCCCUGGACGUUGUGAGCCCCCUUGACUAUGAGACAGCCAAGGAAUACACCCUCCGCAUUCGGGCCCAGGACGGGGGCCGUCCUCCACUCUCCAACGUCUCGGGCCUGGUGACGGUGCAGGUGCUCGACAUCAAUGACAAUGCCCCCAUAUUUGUCAGUACCCCCUUCCAGGCCACCGUCCUCGAGAGCGUCCCCCUGGGGUAUCUGGUCCUCCACAUCCAGGCCAUCGAUGCUGAUGCAGGGGACAACGCCCGCCUCGAGUACCGCCUGGCCGGCGUCGGGCCCGACUUCCCCUUCACCAUCAAUAAUGGGACGGGCUGGAUCUCUGUGGCUGCCGAGCUGGACCGGGAGGAGGUAGACUUCUACAGCUUUGGGGUGGAGGCAAGGGACCACGGCACCCCCCCACUGACAGCCUCCGCCAGCGUCAGUGUGACCAUCCUCGACGUCAACGACAACAACCCGACCUUCACCCAGCCGGAGUACGCGGUACGCCUGAACGAGGACGCGGCCGUGGGCACCAGCGUGGUGACGGUCUCGGCCGUGGACCGGGACGCUCACAGCGUCAUCACUUACCAGAUCGCCAGCGGCAACACCCGCAACCGGUUCUCCAUCACCAGCCAGAGUGGGGGGGGGCUGAUCUCGCUGGCGCUGCCCCUGGACUACAAGCUGGAGCGGCAGUACGUGCUGGCGGUCACAGCCUCGGAUGGCACCCGCCAGGACACAGCCCAGGUUGUGGUCAACGUCACGGAUGCCAACACUCACCGCCCUGUCUUCCAGAGCUCCCACUACACCGUCAACGUCAAUGAGGACAAGCCGGCGGGCACCACCGUGGUCCUGAUCAGUGCCACGGAUGAGGACACAGGGGAGAACGCCCGCAUCACCUACUUCAUGGAGGACAGCAUCCCCCAGUUUCGCAUCGAUGGCGACACGGGCGCAGUCACCACGCAGGCGGAGCUGGACUAUGAGGACCAGGUCUCCUACACUCUGGCCAUCACCGCCCGGGACAACGGCAUCCCCCAGAAGUCGGACACCACUUAUCUGGAAAUCCUCGUCAACGAUGUCAACGACAACGCCCCUCAGUUUCUGAGAGAGUCCUAUCAAGGCAGCAUCUAUGAGGAUGUGCCCCCCUUCACGAGUGUCCUCCAGAUUUCUGCCACGGACCGUGAUUCGGGAUUAAACGGCAGGGUUUUCUAUACCUUCCAAGGUGGGGACGAUGGCGACGGCGACUUCAUUGUCGAGUCCACGUCAGGCAUCGUGCGCACAUUGAGGAGGUUAGACCGGGAGAACGUGGCCCAGUAUGUCCUCCGGGCAUUUGCGGUGGACAAGGGAGUGCCCCCAGCUCGGACCCCGGUGGAGGUGAUGGUGACCGUCCUGGAUGUGAACGAUAAUCCGCCCGUCUUUGAACAAGACGAAUUCGACGUGUUUGUGGAAGAGAACAGCCCCAUUGGCCUGGCGGUGGCUCGAGUCACAGCCACAGACCCGGACGAGGGCACCAAUGCCCAGAUCAUGUACCAGAUCGUGGAGGGCAACAUCCCGGAGGUUUUCCAGCUCGAUAUCUUUUCUGGGGAGCUCACCGCCUUGGUGGACCUGGACUACGAGACGCGGGCGGAGUACGUCCUCGUGAUCCAGGCCACCUCAGCCCCCCUGGUGAGCCGGGCGACUGUCCACGUCCGCCUCCUUGACCGCAACGAUAACCCGCCUGUGCUGGGGAACUUUGAGAUCCUCUUCAACAACUAUGUCACCAACCGCUCCAGCAGCUUUCCUGGGGGUGCCAUUGGCCGGGUGCCAGCCCACGACCCCGAUGUCUCCGACACACUGAGCUACAGCUUUGAACGGGGGAACGAGCUCAGUCUGGUGCUGCUCAACACCUCCACGGGGGAACUGAGGCUGAGCAAGGCCCUGGACAACAACCGACCUCUGGAGGCCAUCAUGAGUGUGUCGGUGACAGACGGCGCGCACAGCGUGAGCGCCCAGUGCGUGCUGCGGGUCACCAUCAUCACGGACGAGAUGCUGACGCACAGCAUCACGCUGCGCCUGCUGGACAUGUCUCCCGAGCGCUUCCUGUCGCCGCUGCUGGGCCUCUUCAUCCGCGGCGUGGCCGCCACGCUGGCCACGCCCCCCGACCACGUGGUGGUGUUCAACGUGCAGCGGGACUCGGACGCGCCGGGCGCGCACAUCCUCAACGUGAGCCUGUCGGUGGGGCGGCCGCCGGGGCCCGCGGGCGGGCCGCCCUUCGUGCCUUCCGAGGACCUGCAGGAGCGCCUCUACCUGAACCGCAGCCUGCUGGCGGCCAUCUCGGCGCAGCGCGUGCUGCCCUUCGACGACAACAUCUGCCUGCGCGAGCCCUGCGAGAACUACAUGCGCUGCGUGUCCGUGCUGCGCUUCGACUCCUCGGCGCCCUUCAUCGCCUCCGCCUCGGUGCUCUUCCGGCCCAUCCACCCGGUCGGGGGCCUGCGCUGCCGCUGCCCGCCGGGCUUCACCGGAGACUACUGCGAGACCGAGGUGGACCUCUGCUACUCGCGGCCCUGCGGGCCCCACGGGCGCUGCCGCAGCCGCGAGGGCGGCUACACGUGCCUCUGCCGCGAGGGCUUCACCGGUGAGCACUGUGAGGUGAGUGCCCGCUCUGGCCGAUGUGCUCCUGGAGUCUGCAAGAAUGGAGGCACCUGUGUCAACUUGUUGGUUGGUGGCUUCAAAUGCGACUGCCCAUCAGGUGACUAUGAGAAACCUUACUGCCAAGUGACCACACGCAGCUUCCCGGCCCGGUCCUUCCUCACCCUCCGAGGCCUUCGGCAGCGCUUCCAUUUUACCCUGGCCCUCACGUUCGCCACAAAGGAGAGGGACGGACUUCUUCUGUACAAUGGGCGUUUCAAUGAAAAGCAUGACUUUGUGGCCCUUGAAGUGAUUCAGGAGCAGGUCCAGCUCACUUUCUCUGCAGGGGAGUCAACGACCACCGUAUCCCCAUUCAUCCCUGGAGGGGUCAGCGAUGGCCAGUGGCACACCGUCCAGCUGCAGUACUACAAUAAGCCACUGCUGGGGCGCUCCGGACUCCCACAGGGCCCUUCUGAGCUGAAAGUGGCCGUGGUGACAGUGGAUGACUGUGACCCUGGCGUGGCACUGCGCUUUGGAGCUGUCCUAGGAAACUAUUCCUGUGCUGCCCAGGGCACCCAGGCUGGCAGCAAGAAGUCCCUGGAUCUGACAGGUCCCCUGCUGCUGGGAGGGGUCCCUGACCUACCUGAGAGCUUUCCCAUCCGUACUCGCCACUUUGUGGGCUGCAUGCGAAACCUGCAGGUAGACAGCCGGCGUGUGGACAUGGCGGACUUCAUCGCCAACAAUGGCACUGUGCCUGGGUGCCCAGCCAAGAAGAACGUAUGUGACAGCAACACCUGCCAGAAUGGGGGCACCUGCGUCAACCAGUGGGACACGUUCAGCUGCGAGUGCCCCCUGGGCUACGGAGGCAAGAGCUGUGCCCAGGAGAUGGCGAAUCCUCAACGCUUCCUGGGUAGGAGCCUAAUGGCCUGGCAUGGCUUGGCACUUCCCAUCACCCAGUCCUGGCACCUCAGCCUCAUGUUCCGUACCCGCCAGGCAGAUGGCAUCCUGCUGCAGGGGAUCACCAGAGGGCACAGCACCAUCACCCUGGAGAUGAGAGAGGGUCACGUGUUGCUGAGUGUGGAGGGCACCGGUGUCCAGACCUCCUUUCUGCGGCUGGAGCCGGGCAGGGCCAACGAUGGGGACUGGCACCACGUGCAGCUUGUGCUCGGAGUCAGCGGAGGUGCCCGAGAGCCCGGGCACGCCGUCCUGUCCUUCGAUUACGGGCAGCAGCAGGCGGAAGGCAACUUGGGUCCCCGGCUGCACGGGCUGCACCUCACAAACGUGACUGUGGGCGGGGCGGCAGGACCUGGCGGGAGCGUGGCCCAAGGCUUCCGGGGCUGCCUGCAGGGCGUGCGAGUGGGUGAGGCAGCGGAUGGGGCCAGCAGCCUUGACCCCAGCAGGGCAGAGCGGGCCAACGUCGAGCAGGGCUGCAGCCUCCCUGAUCCUUGUGACUCCAACCCCUGCCCCACCAACAGCUACUGCAGUGAUGACUGGGACAGCUACUCCUGCAGCUGCGACCCCGGUUACUACGGCGAUAGCUGUGCCAAUGUCUGUACCCUGAACCCCUGUGAGCACCAGUCUGUGUGUACCCGCAAGCCCAGUGCCCCUCAUGGCUACACCUGCGAGUGUCCCCACAACUACUUCGGGCCCUACUGUGAGACCAGGAUUGACCAGCCGUGCCCUCGAGGCUGGUGGGGACAUCCCAUGUGCGGUCCCUGCAACUGUGAUGUCAGCCAAGGCUUCGACCCCGACUGUAACAAGACCAGUGGGGAAUGCCGCUGCAAGGAGAACCAUUACCGCCCACUGGGCAGCCCUGCCUGCCUCCUGUGUGAUUGUUACCCCACGGGUUCUCUGUCCCGGGUCUGUGAUCCGGAGGAUGGUCAGUGCCCUUGCAAACCAGGAGUCAUCGGGCGCCAGUGUGACCGGUGUGACAACCCUUUUGCUGAGGUGACAGCCAAUGGCUGUGAAGUGAAUUACGACAGCUGCCCAAGGGCAAUCGAAGCUGGCAUCUGGUGGCCUCGGACCCGAUUUGGGCUGCCCGCCGCAGCACCAUGCCCCAAGGGCUCCUUUGGUACCGCAGUGCGGCACUGCGAUGAGCAUCGAGGAUGGCUGCCCCCCGACCUCUUCAACUGCACCUCUGUCACCUUCUCGGAGCUGAAGGGCUUUGCCGAGCGGCUGCAGAGGAAUGAGUCGGGCUUGGAUGCUGGGCGCUCCCAGAGGCUGGCGGUACUGCUCCGAAACGCCACCCAGCACACCGCUGGCUACUUUGGCAGCGAUGUCAAAGUGGCCUAUCAGCUGGCCACGAAGCUGCUGGCCCACGAGAGUGUCCAGCGGGGCUUUGGGCUGGCUGCCACCCAGGAUGUGCACUUCACAGAGAAUCUGCUGAGAGUUGGCAGCGCCCUCUUAGAUGUUGGCAACAAGCGUCACUGGGAACUGAUUCAGCAGACGGAGGGCGGCACCGCCUGGCUGCUGCACCAUUAUGAGGCCUAUGCCAGCGCUCUUGCCCAGAACAUGCGCCACACCUACCUGAGCCCAUUUACCAUCAUCACACCCAACAUCGUCAUCUCAGUGGUGCGCCUGGACAAGGGCAACUUCGCUGGGGCCAAGCUGCCCCACUAUGAGGCACUUCGGGGGGAGCGGCCCCCUGACCUUGAGACAACGGUCAUCCUUCCUGAGUCUGUGUUUAAGGCAACAGAAAGUCAAGACCAUCAGCCCCCAGGUGUGCCCGUGGUGCCAGGCGAGGCCCGGGAGCAGGAGGAGCUGGGUCGGCGGCAGAGGAGACACCCGGAGCUGAGCCAGGGCCAGGCGGUGGCCAGCGUCAUCAUCUACCGCACCCUGGCCGGGCUGCUGCCGCAUAACUACGACCCUGACAAGCGCAGCCUGCGGGUCCCCAAACGGCCCGUCAUCAACACGCCAGUGGUGAGCAUCAGUGUCCAUGACGACGAGGAUCAGCUGCCGCGGGCCCUGGACAAGCCUGUCACGGUGCAGUUCCGGCUUCUGGAGACUGAGGAGCGUUCCAAACCCAUCUGUGUCUUCUGGAAUCACUCGAUUCUGGUGAGCGGGACAGGGGGCUGGUCAGCCCGGGGCUGUGAGGUGGUCUUCAGGAACGAGAGCCACGUCAGUUGCCAGUGUAACCACAUGACCAGCUUCGCGGUGCUCAUGGAUGUGUCUCGCCGGGAGAAUGGGGAGAUCCUGCCCCUGAAGACAGUGACUUAUGCAGCCCUGGGGGUGACCUUGGCUGCCCUGCUGCUCACCUUCCUCUUCCUUGCCUCCCUGCGGGCCCUGCGCUCUAACCAGCACGGCAUCCGCAGGAACCUGGUGGCCGCCCUUGGCCUGGCCCAACUGGUCUUUCUGCUGGGCAUCAAUCAGGCUGACCUGCCGUUUGCCUGCACCGUCAUCGCCAUCCUGCUGCACUUCCUGUACCUGUGCGCUUUCUCCUGGGCCCUGCUGGAGGCGCUGCACCUGUACCGUGCCCUCACGGAGGUUCGGGACGUCAACACCGGCCCCAUGCGCUUCUACUACAUGCUGGGCUGGGGAGUGCCCGCCUUCAUCACAGGCUUGGCGGUGGGCCUGGACCCAGAGGGCUAUGGGAACCCUGACUUCUGCUGGCUCUCCAUAUACGACACACUCAUCUGGAGCUUUGCCGGCCCAGUGGCCUUUGCUGUCUCGAUGAGCGUCUUCCUGUACCUCCUGGCAGGCCGUGCCUCAUGCGCUGCCCAGCGCCAGGGGUUUGAGAAGAAGGGCACCGUUUCAGGCUUGCGCUCGGCCUUCGCUGUGCUGCUCCUGCUCAGUGCCACGUGGCUGCUGGCCCUGCUUUCUGUCAACAGUGAUGCUCUCCUCUUUCACCAUCUCUUUGCUGCCUGCAACUGUGUCCAGGGUCCCUUCAUCUUCCUCUCGUAUGUAGUGCUCAGCAAGGAGGUCCGAAAAGCCCUGAAAUUUGCCUGUAGUCACAAGCCCAACCCUGAUCCUGCCCUCACUACCAAAUCUACUCUAACCUCGUCCUACAACUGCCCCAGUCCUUAUGUAGACGGACGGCUCUACCAGCCCUACGGAGACUCGGCCGGCUCCCUGCACAGUGCCAGCCGCUCAGGCAAGAGUCAGCCCAGCUACAUUCCCUUCCUGCUCAGGGAAGAAUCCAGUCUGAACACUGGCCAAGGGCCGGCUGCUUUGGGGGACCCAGGAGUCCUGUUCCUGGAAGCUCAGGACCAGCAGCACGGGCCUGAUACAGACUCAGACAGUGACCUGUCCCUGGAGGACGACCAGAGCGGUUCCUAUGCAUCCACCCACUCGUCAGACAGCGAGGAGGAAGAAGAAGAUGGCGCUUUCCCUGGGGAGCCAGGCUGGGACAGCUUGCUGGGACCCGGUGCUGAGCGAUUGCCAUUGCAUAGUACCCCCAAAGCUGAUGGUGGCCCAGGGCCUGGCAAAGCCCCUUGGCCUAGUGAGCUUGGAACAGCCUCCAAGGAGGAGAACGGGGAGGCCUUGUGUCGGGACAGCCCCCUGGGCCCCCUGCCUGGACCCGCUGUGCAGCCCCACAAAGGCAUCCUCAAGAAGAAGUGUCUGCCCACCAUCAGUGAGAAAAGCAACCUCUUGCGGCUGCCCCCGGAGCCGGGCACCGGCUCUUCGCGGGGCUCCUCGGCCAGUGAGAGCAGCCGGGCCGGCCCCCUCCCCCCACGUCCGCCUCCCCGACAGACGUUGCAGGAGCAGCUGAACGGGGUCACCCCUAUCGCCAUGAGCAUCAAGGCGGGCACAGUGGAUGAGGACUCAUCGGGCUCGGAAUUUCUCUUCUUUAACUUCCUGCAUUAACCCCGGGCCCACGGCCCCCACGCCUGAGGCUCCCCUCUCACGCCCCCAUACCAUGUCUUGUGCUUUUUCCCCUCUUCCCCUGCCCACCCCCCAAACUUCCCUCUUCCUGCCCCACAGCAGUGACGAGACAUCCAUCUGAGGAGCCCGUGGGCAUUGCCAGGAGGAAUGCCCGCUCCCCCAGCCCAUCUUGUGCCAAUCACCCCCUGCCAUCACCCCUUGGCCCCAAUGCACUUUGGAACCCUGGGGCCGCACUUCCAAGGAAACGCUUUUUCAGAAAAGAGGAAAAAAAGAAAGAAAAAAAAAACUGGAAGGAUAUCUGCUCUUGUGUCUUCAGGGAUGAAUUUUUUAUACAAUGAAAACUGAUUCUCCUCCACCCACUAGAGGAUGGGACCUCCCAGGAUCCUCCCCUGCCUCCCCCCAGUUUCCCAUCUGCUGUGCCUCUGGGAGGAGGGGAAGGUUCUGGGGGGACUGGGAAUUUCCUGCCCCCCCUUCUGCCAUCACCAAAAGAAAAAGGACAAAGCCACACACUUCCUACAGGGGACAAGCUGGACAAGAUAGGCUCCAGUUUGGGGGAGAGGGGACAAUGGCACUCCCCUCAAGAAGUGAAGACCCCUGUCUGGAGGCAGGAGGGGCGGUAGAAGGACCAGCCUCCCCACCUCCCAAUGCUGCAUGAACAAAUGUAAAGGGGAAAGGACCCAGGAGUCCCUGACCCCUAGCUGGGGAUGGUGCCCCCUUUCCUUUUCUCUAGGCCUCUGGCAGUGCUCAAGAACCAAGAUUUUUGCUCAGUUUGCUGACCCAAAAGUGCUUUUUUUUUUUUUUUUUUUUUCCCUUUCUGCCCAAACCAUGCUGGGGAGGGGUCGUUUACAUUGCUUGCCUUUGCUCUGGAGAUGGAUAGAAGAGCUCAAGGCCCCAGGUGGCUGGGCUGGGGCCGGCCCAGGGCAUGAGGAGAGGUCUUAGGUUGGGGGGCAGGUAACAGUGAUUCGGCUCUGACUGCAUCUCACCUGCAGGCCCCUGCUGCGGCCUCUGAGGUGGCUUCCGGUCUCUAAUCUCGGAAUUGCCUCUUUCUUUAAAGUCCCAGGAAGUAGUCUCCUCUUCCUUCCUCAUCCUCCCCUCCCUCCUUCCUCCCCCAUCCCGCCAUUCCCUCUGAAGAGAGAGAUAAUAUAUAUUAUUUUUAAUUUAUUUGCCUUUUUGGUUGGGAUGGGACUAUGUCUGGCCCCAGAGGAUGUCGUGGAUGCCAUCUGAUGUCAUGGAUUUAGUGUCUCUCUGUGGUCUUCUGGCUUGGGAGCCGGGGCCUCUGGUCUGCUUGCUUCAAGUGCAGGCUCCCCUCUUAAGGGAGAAGCUGGUUUUAGCCCCCCCAACUCCCCUCCAUCUUGCCAGCUGCCAUUCACUUGAGUCAUUUUAUCCUAAGCAUGUGGACCAAAUUCUGAUGUCACUGAUCAUCCUCCUGGAGGCAGGUGGUCUAGGAAGGGCUCCAGACUGGUAAACUUGACAUUUCUUCUCUGCAAAGUUAGGUUCAUUCAUGGCUCUUCCUACAGCCUUGGAUUGCCCAUUUCUUCCCCACUCCUCUCCUCCUCUUCCACUUCCUGCAGAGGGUUAAAACUGUAACUGCUUUUACUACUUGAAGACUUAAAAAACAACCCCACAAAGAUGCUGGAUUCAUAACCUGUUACUAAUUGUUGGAUUGUACAGUUUGAUUGCUACUGUAAAUAUUUAUAGAUUUUUGUUUGUUUGGCCUUCUCCCUCUACUGAAUAAACUAGUUCUGUGCAGGUUUGAGCACUGCCAGCUUGA